CGUGCCGGUUUUAUGAUCGGUCGCUAUGAGCUUUUCCCGGAAGUACCACUGGGUAUAAAAGCAACUGUUGCAGCGAUUUAUGAACCACCACAGUCAUCUUCAGCAGAUUCGUUGACAUUGGAAGACGAUCCACAGGAGGAAUUGGUGGAUGAACUUUGCUCUUUUCUGGGCCUGAAACGUGUUGCGAUGGCUAUUUCGGUUCCAAAUUUACCACAGUUGUGGCAUCAGGUACAGUUCUUGACCCUCUAA